GGCGACGCCAGGAGGGCCCCGAGGGGGGCGAAGCGCCCCGCAUUUGCUCGGGUUCCCCCAAAUCCCGUGCUGGGGCAGCGCAGGAGGCAGCGCUGGGGCACGAAGCCCCUGUGCUGCUUCGAGCUGCUGCUGGGCGGUGGUGGCAGCGCGGGGCACGCCUUGGGGUUUCUAACCCGGCCCGUUUGGGGAAAGAUUGGUGUGGUUUUGUCAAAAAGAGAUCGGGAGCAUUUCAUGGCGCAAACCCCUCAAGGCCGUAGGUGUGGGGAGGCCUUGGUGGCAAGCGGGAGAUGGGUUGGGCAACAAGCUCGCUCUGCUUCACCUGCCACGUUGGGCAAGCAAAUACACCGGUACCUGCAUCCGGCCAGGUAAAGCUCAUUCUCCUCUGAUUUGGUUUUUUUUUUUUUCCCCCAGGUCAGAGUCCAAAUGCCGUGGAGGAUAUGCUGGAUGUGGAGAACAAGCGUAUGGCAGACAGCCUAGCCAGCAAGGUCACCCGGCUGAAGUCGCUGGCUCUGGACAUUGACAAAGAUGCCGACGAACAGAACCGUUAUCUGGAUGGCAUGGAUUCAGAUUUUAUGAGUGUGACUGGCCUGCUAACCGGCAGCGUGAAGCGUUUCUCCACCAUGACGCGGUCUGGGAGGGAUAAUCGCAAGUUGCUGUCAGCAGGACUGAUUGUUGUUUUCUUCAUCCUCUACUACCUUGUGUCCAAAGCAGGGACUUGAGCUUGUUGUUCUGCGAGGUUUACAGAACAAAACCCACGACAACUGACAGAUGUGUUCAACGCCUUUCUCAGUCUGCCCUGCAGUGGAGUCUUUGAGGUGUUCCAGACAGACCUUCCAAGUAACUUUUCUUUCCACCAGCUUCUUGUCACUGUUCUGGCUGGUCUCGGACAUCUCUUUAUAAAACGAUGAUGUUUGAUUCUAAAUGGAUUUUCAUGUGUAACACAAUUUUCAUGUUGUUAAAUGCUUAUGCCUUUAUCUCUUGCCUUGUCGUCUGUGUCUUGCAGCCUAUUUUUAAGGGCCACUUUUGUCUUACCUCCCUUCCUGCUACUCGGUACUAGGCUUGUGAGGAGAUGGGGCUGACAAAUCCAGAGACUUGUCAAUCCUCAGAAGUUUAAUAAACCAGCUGAGCUUUUGAAGUGGCAGAGUUGAGGAUGCUGACUUAGGAGAUUCGGAAUUAUGAUGUGUGAGUUACAUUCCAGCGUGGCCACUCAGCUGAUGCCUGGUCUCAGUUUCCCCUUGACUCGGAGACCUGUUAAUAUCCCUGGUGUCCCUGGGUUGGAAUGAAAUCUGUACUGCUUUGAAAUGAGAUUAGCAGCAGAUCUGGACCCUGAUACUCUAAUUGUUGCCAUGAAGAGUUGCAGAGGAGCAAGACUUCAUUUAAAUGCUAGCUUGGUCAUCUUUAUCACCCUUCUGGGUAAAGCUGGGGAUGAACCCCGCAAGAAAGGAGGGCCAAAGUCUAUAAGCCACCUUGACAUGUAUAGUAUCUCCCAGGACCUUCCCACAUGCUUGCGAAUGCACUCCCUUAGACUAUGAAAUCAGUGUAAAGAAAAUCUGGAAGCAAAAGGUCCAGUUAAUGUCAGUUGUUAACGGUACCCUGGUAUUACAGCACUUUGGGAAGACGUUGCGCAGAUAAAAGCAGAGGUUGAGGUCAAGUGAAACUCCUGAACGGUGCUGUUGGUAGGUCAAGGAAGGAUUUGAUCGGAGGGUUGAUCGAUUUAUUGAUUCAUGUGGAAGGUAACCUAAGAAACUCUUGCUUUGCCUUCCAUAGUGCUUCGGGGAUCCCUGCCUGCAGUGCCCGUGUGAGGUGCGGCAAAGGCAGAUCUCUACCGGUGGCGUUUACAAAGCGGUCGUUCCCGAUGAACAUGCAGUGCAUGCCAGAUUUCCCCUUCCGAGGCGGUGCACGCAGCUCCAGGAGUGCAGUAGCUGGGGAUUCCACCUUCCCUUCACCCUCCCUGCCUGCCGUGGGGCUGAUCGUUGGGCUGCGCACUCACGCCACGACCCCAGCUGUAGUCUCCCAUAGCUGGAUUAUUUAAAGCUGCCUAUGACUCAAGACAUCUGUAACUUUAAACAUACUGUUGGGAGAAAGAAAAAAGAAUUCAAGAAGAAACACUCUUUAUCUCUUCAGACAAACCUCCACUGCCUGCUGUAUAAACCUUUCACCUCCCAAAGCAGCUGAGCGGAGCUGCUUUGGUCUUGUCCAUUUUCUGUACCACCUGCUCCUUUCUGAAAGUCUUCGCUUCUUUGGUUCUCUUCUCUUCCUGUAGCAACCACCUCUGCAGGACUAAAGCAUUCCUCCUCGGACUUGCUGUCUUUCUCCUCUCCAGCGAGCCCAUAUGCAGCAGUGGCUGGAUGUUUCCUUCGGCCCUUCCCUUGGGCCCCCUCCCCAUUAGGAAUUCCUUUGUCCUUGGACUGACCUAGGUCCAGACCUGUACAAGGACUGGGUCAUCCUUUGUUCCAGCUGUACCAAACUCCUAACAAAAUACCACUCUAACUGGAUUAGGUGUUGUCUUUUCCCCACAUUUGG